UUUUAUUGUGCGCCGACGCUUCGGUGGCCAUGUGAUAGCUUCUUCAAUUCCUCCCUUCUACACGUUCGAAGGGAGCGAAGAUGGCGGAGCAAAGCACGGUUCCUAGCGACCUGUACAAGCAUGUCUACUCAUUUCUUCUAGAGAACAAUUUCACCAAGGCUGCGGGGCUCUUCUCAAAGAAGGCUAAAGUGACAGCCCUGGACCAGAAUGAGCAGAGUCUUACUGAAAUCUUCAACUUCUGGGUGAAGUCCCCGGAAGCUAAGAAACGCAAGGCCCAGGCCGGUGCCACUUCAGCGGUCGACGGGCCCUCUGCUAAAAAAGCAAAGAAGGCUGCAGAGAGUUCCAGCAGCGAGGACUCCAGCAGUGAAGAGGAGACCCCUCCCCCUGCCAAGACUGCCCCAGCAGGGCCCAAGGCUCCAGCCGUAGCUAAGAAGGUCGGUGUAGUAGCAGUGGAAGUCACGUCCAGCAGCAGCGAUGAAGACGAAUCUGAGGAUGAGGAGGAAACCAAGGCCCCAGUGAAGAAGCCCCCUGCGCAGCCCCCCGUUGUGGCCAGGAAGAAAGACGAGAGCUCCAGUAGUGAAGAGUCGGACUCUGAGGAGGAGGCGGCCGCCAAAUCCCCCGCUGCAGGUGUGAAGGCUGCUCCUAAAGCCCCCCCGAAAGCCAGCGCCCCCCAGAAAAAGCAGGAGAGCAGCAGCAGUGACAGCGACAGUUCCAGUGACUCAGAGGAGGAGGAGGAGCCAGCCAAGAAGCCAGUUAAAGCCCCUGCCCCAGCAAAGACCCCUGCAGCCUCUGCCAAGACACCUCCGGCCAAAAAAGCAGCAGCAGCAGAAUCCAGCAGUGAUGAAGACUCAUCCUCUGAGGAAGAAGAGGAAGCCCCUCCCAGCAAGAAACCCAAACCAGGUCCUUACAGUGCAGUUCCACCACCGGCAGCGCAGACCACUCCCACACCAGCAGGUGGGAGCAAAUCAGAAACCAGUGACUCUUCAGACAGCAGUGAUGAUGAGGAGGAGGAAAAGAAAGUGGCAGCUCCAGUCAAAGCCGCCACGGCCAAGCCAGCAGCCCCCAAACCCGCAGGCAAGCAGGCCGAGUCCAGUUCUGACAGCUCAGACUCCAGCUCGGAGGAAGAGGAGGAGCCAGCGCCGAAGGCCACCGCAGUCGUGAAGAAGACCCCCCCUGCCAAGGCUGCGCCCACCAAGAAGGAGGACUCUUCCUCUAGUUCAGAGUCUGAGAGCUCUGAGGAUGAGGCCCCUGCUAAAUCCACCCCUGCAGCCGCCCCCAAACCCGCUGCCUCCAAGCCUCCGCCCGCCAAGGCUCCGUCCAGCAGCUCAGACUCUUCCUCUGAGGAAGAGGAGGAGCCGCCCAAGAAGAAGUCCGCCCUGGCCAAACCUGUGGCCAAGGCCGCGGCCAAACCACCGGCGGCCGCUGAGAGCAGCUCUGACUCGGACAGCGACAGCUCCGACUCGGAUGACGACGGUGACACCGCGAAGAAGGCCACACCUGCGGCCAAGAGCGCCCCCACGCCCCCCGUCAAGACCGCGCCGGCCGCUGAGUCCAGCAGCAGCGGCUCGGACAGCUCCAGCGAGGAGGAGGAGGAGGCUGGGAAGGCAGCUAAAACAACCCCAAAACAGACUACAGCCAAGGCGACCACACCUGCUAAAUCCACGCCCGCUAAGACCACACCCGCUAAAGCCACGCCCGCUAAGACCACACCCGCUAAAAAACAGGAAAGCAGCUCAGACUCUUCUGACAGUUCAGACUCUGAGACAGAGGCAAAGAAAACACCCGCCAAGCCUGCAGUCGCCGCCGCUAAGACCACGCCCGCUAAGACCACACCCGCUAAAGCCACGCCCGCUAAGACACAGGAGAGCAGCUCAGACUCUUCUGACAGCUCAGACUCUGAGACAGAGGCAAAGAAAACACCCGCCAAGCCUGCAGUCGCCACUGCUAAAUCCACGCCCGCUAAGACCACACCCGCUAAAGCCACGCCCGCUAAAAUCACACCGGCUAAGGCCACGCCCGCUAAGACACAGGAGAGCAGCUCAGAUUCUUCUGACAGCUCAGACUCCGAGGCGGAGGCAGAAACACCUGCCAAGCCCGCAAAGACCAACGGUAAGGCAGCCACGCCCAAAACGCCUGCCCCAGCCACCACGCCCGCGAAGAAGGAUGCAGCAUCGUCAUCCUCUAGUGACAGCAGCUCUGAGGAAGAGGAGGAAGCCCCAAAGGCAGUGAAGACGUCGACCCCCGCGGCCACUCCUGCUGCUGCGAAGGCCCCCCCGACCUCUGCCGCCAAGGCCAAGCAGGACAGCGGAUCCUCCGACAGCUCUUCAUCUGAGGAAGAGGAGGAAGCAGCACCUGAGCCUCCCAAGGCAGCUGCCACGUCCAUGGUCAACGGCACAAAUGGCAAGAGGAAACUAGACGCAGAGUCGUCCGAAAGUGAAGACGAGGAGGAGGAAGAGGCGGAGAAGAAAAAGAAAACUCCGAAAGGGAAGAAAGCGGUGGCGACCACGCCGCACUCCUUCCCCAAGGCCAAAGAGAAGGCCGUCAACGCCCCAUUCCGCAGAAUAAGGGACGAGGAGGUGGAGGUGGACCCCCGCCUGGCAGACAACUCCUUCGACGCCAAGUUGGGAGCCAACGGCGACUGGGGCCAGAAGGCCAACGACGUGCUGCGCUUCACCAAGGGGAAGUCCUUCCGCCACGAGAAGACCAAGAAGAAGAGGGGCAGCUAUAGGGGCGGGGCCAUCUCCACCGGCGUCAACUCCAUCAAGUUCGACAGCGACUGAAAGCCCUGCCCGUCACUGUGAUGUCACCAUGCCAGAGCCCCACUGCCUCAACAUCACAUACCUCUCUACCCUAGACUCUAGAGGAGCUCUCUGAACCCCCCCCCCCGAACCCCCCUCCCCCCCCCAACACGACUGCUUUGAAACACCCUGAAGCAAUGUGACACUGAGCCAGAGCUGACACUUCAUUGUAGUUCAGAUGAUUAGUCAGUGGCUUUUUCUGUGAAACGGACCUGAGAUGCAAGUGAAGCAGGAAGGACUGUAGGGCACGUUUCCACCUUACUGCAGCUUCCUGAAAACUCUUAUCUGGCUGCGCUUGCAGCCUGCAACCAGGAGGUGGCGCCUGAGGAGAAGGUUUCUUUUCAAAGCUCUCAAAUUAAUUAAUGUGUAGUUAACAAAAAAAGCCUGUUCAGUUGUCUUUCUUCGUGAACCCGUAAGUUGCUUUAAAGUUUCAAAAAUAACUGUCCCCUCUUCAAAGAUUGUUUUUGUGGUUAGCCUUUCACGUCUCGUCAACGACAGUGCUUAUGUGUACCGUGCCGAAGGUGGAUUUUUAAUUUUUAUUCUUCUUUGUUUAUUUAAGGAAUAAGAGAAAAGGGCGUAGGGUGUAGAACGGUUUGUUAGCGGUUUCGUUAGCAGCCUCUCGUGGCUCAUUCCCUUUGAAUUGUCCUCCUUCUAAACGCAGUUUUACAUGUUUGUGCAUUUUAAGCUCAUUUGGGUGUGGAGCACAUUAAUUUCUCUCGAAUCAGAAGCCAUAUUAACUGUAAAUCACUGAUGUUGUAUCAGCGAUGGAUGGAUUCUCUGCGCUGGUCUUCUAUUGGCUCGAGCGUCUCGUCUCACUGUGUCUGUCCUUAGCCUGCAGGGGUCUCUUGGUGCCACCAGGGGGCUCCAGUCCAGUGUUGCAUAUAUGCUUCACCCUCCUUCUUUAAUUAUGUUGAAAAUUAUAUUCCUUGUAAUUCAGAAUGUUUCUUUUUUUGUUGUAGUUUCUGCCCCCCCCCCCUUUCUGAUAAUAUUCUUAUUGCUGAGAUUAAAGAAAGACUUGACACCUGAA